UAUGAGUUGGGUCCGUUAUCAAUCAUCUCCAUUAAUCACCAUCAAUAUAGAUUUAAGGUUACAUAGGUUUGUCCAAAACGCAACUAAAGCGGAAGAUACCGUAUUGGAUAUUGAUGUUCCAUUUACAAGUUCAUGUAGGAUACAAUUACUUCUUUGGUAACUAUGUCAAAUGUUUUAUGUGAGAGACAAUUACGUGAUAAUACCAAACUGCAAUUGGGUUUUUAACUUGCUGGAAAUUUUGAUUAUCUAAAAAUUAAAAAUAAAUAAAUAAAAGAGAGCACACACACACACACAACAAAAACCAUUCUGUGUAAAGAAGUUGUGGUCAUGAGCACAGCAAGAACAGGCUUUGUCCCAUUCGUUUUCAACCUUCACUCCCAGUUUCAAGCUAGAUAGAAAAUAAAAAUGAGGUUCAAGGAGGGGAAUUUGGUGGAGGUGUUAAAGAAAGAAAAAGAUCCUUGUGGCUGCUGGUUUCCCGGCAUAGUAGCUUCAGCAGAUGGCAAUAACUGCAUUGUUAGGUACAAGGGAGUAAUAAACAACAAAGGAGAGCCAGUUGUGGAGAGAGUGCAUGGGGAGGAUGUUAGGCCUUGGCCUCCAAUUGAGAAGGGGGAAGGAUGGAAGGUUGGUGAUAUAGCAGAGGUGUUUGAUAUUCAAUGUUGGAGGGUUGCAAAGAUUGUCAAGGUACUGAAGAAUGUUCAUUUUGUUGUGAGGUUGUUUGGGUCCAUUCAGCUGAGAGAGUUUCACAAAUCUAAUCUAAGGAUUCGACAAGCUUGGCAUAACAAUAAGUGGUCAGUGGUUGGGAAGUUUACAGAAAAUAAACAGACUGGGAACAAUCACACGCAAGAUUAUUCAGAACAACCUGGAAGCUUGAUUUGUAGGGCUCCACCACAAGCUAUUCAUCAAGGAAUUCAUUUAAGAGUAGCAGAUGCAAAGAAACAUCUUAAAGACAAGCAUAACCAUAAUGAAAUGUGUCUCCCUGCAAGAACCUCAAAGAGAAGUUAUAUCCAUUGUUAUGAACCACCAUCCUCUGAGGACCCAAGGGUAAGAAGCUGCAAGAAAAGAAAAUCAAGCACAAGUGCCAGAAGAUGUGACCAGCCCCUUAUGAGAAAUCAUUGCUUCUUUAUGCAGGUAGAUGAUCCUUCUCCAAAAGUACGGGUGGAUGAGAAAUCCAGGAAUAAAUCUAUUGAGAUGGAUGCCAAAAUGAAAAAAGAAACAAACAAUUGGAUACAUAAUACUAGCAUACUGCCUUUGUUUAGUGAGGGUAGCGACCAAUGCUCUAUUGCUAGCUGUAGUUUGAAUGCUUACGAUGACUAUCCUGGUGAAAAUUCAGGAGACCAUGUGGAAAUUAUUCUCGACAACUCUGAUGCUGAGUCAUCAUUUCCACCUUUGGUCAGCAAAAGAAACUCACCCCCAUCUCCUAGACACAAACUGGAAGUUGAUGUCCAUAAAUUAGAGCUUCAAGCUUAUAACUCAACCGUGCAGGCACUGUAUGCUUCAGGUCCCCUUAGCUGGGAGCAAGAGUCCCUCUUAACAAAUCUUCGCCUCUCACUUCACAUUUCAAAUGAAGAACAUUUACUCCAGCUUCGGCACCUUUUAUCCACUCAAGUUGGUUAACAAUUGCCAUUAUCAGUCAUUUGUCCUGCUAUGAGCUGAAACUCAAUGGCCAUAGAAUUGGUAACAGACAAUCCAGCCAAUUCUCAAAUAACUUCACGAGUAUUUUAGGUGAGCUUUUCCAUUGUAAAUCUGUGUAGCUUUUUAGCUUUUCGAGAGGAAUUGACUUUUGGUUUUAGAAACUGCCCCUAGACAUAAAUCCAGUUCUUAUAGUUGUAAAGUUAACAAUUUUUCUCUCCUUUCUGUAUAUUAGGCUGUAAUACGUUUCCAAUUGAUAUUCUUCAAGCUUUACUUGAUUACGUCUU